UUUUUUUUUUACUUUGCUCUCGUCAAUGUCUAAUCCACUUCACCAAACGAGACUUUCUCUUCAACUCAGGAAACGAAAUCUCGAACGAUCUCAGGAUACCAUCCUUCCUAACAAGAGACAAGCAAAAGAGAUCACUGAUAUACAAACUAAACAAGACUUACCUGCAUUUGGUGCUCCUCUAUUUGAAGAAAAAAAGACCGCAAAGCGUAGUACUGACACCAAACCAAACAAUUCAGAAGAAGAACCAAAGAAAAAGCGAGUAUCAAGGCAACCAACGAUCAAGGAACUUAUCAAACAAUCAACCAACGUACAAACAGAUACCUCUACAAGCUCAGUAGAAACGAAAGAAACUUCAGAACAGAACAAUGAUCAACUCCAACAAAAUAUUACCAACCAACAGAAACAAUCAACAGCCUUGGAAUCAGCAGAACAUUCGUCGCAUGUUGUCGAAGACGACAAGUCAGAGGGACAAUCAUCAACUAAAGUCGAAAAUUUACCUCAACAACGCUUUGUAGUAACUCAGGUCGACAAUGAUGAUGACUCCAAAGCAACAUCACCUUCUAAUGAUGACACAACCAUUGAUAAUAGAUCACCAGAUAUUUUGAACACGCCUUCUCCUUCUCCCACUUUGAAUAUUGAAGAUCAACAGUCUUCUCAACAUGAAUCAUCUGAUACUGGACUUGAAAAAACAACCUCACCGCCAUCUCCUGACGCUACUCCUCAACCAAAAAGAACUGCACCGGUCAUAACAAAGUCACCAGAAUCGACAUCAACUUCAGCAAUAGAACCAAUCAUUCUUACUUCAUCUUCUUCUCCAAAGCAACAUACCAUUUCAUCAUCAUUAUCAACCUCCAUCGUCUAUGGCAAGUCUCUCUUACCCAAAUUGGAAAAGGAACGUAUUCAUGAAGAACGAACUACUUUGGACAAGUUAGUCUCCGCUUUGGACGUUACUCUCACAUUCCAUGCCGCUAGAAACGUUGCUGCCUUUUUCCACAAGAUUCAACCUAUGUUACGAAAUUCUACAAAAAAAAAUAUCACCCUUUCCCAUUUAUGCAAGAUCUUGUUUGUUGCCCCUGAAUUAUACGAUGUGGAAGUGAAAUUGUUAAAGGAAUUUGGAAAAGAUGUGGAAGGACAUCAGGUAUCUAUUGGUCAUGAAUGGCAAAUGCCUUUGUCUGGUAAAAUGAUUCAAGAACGCAAAGAGUUGAUGACCCAACGAAGUGGGGAUUACUUUGAAAAUAACAAAGACAAGGCAAUUACAACAAUACCCGAGAAGGAAUUACCAAGAUUAGACAAGGUAGUGGACCAAAAGAAAUGGUUAGAAAAAGCAAACCUCCCAGCUAGAGUACGGUCUGUUUUGGAAUUACAAGAAAAACGCAAGGCAGCAAAAGAAGAAAAGGCAGCACGAGCUCAAGUUGAACAUCAAGGAACAGCAAAAGAUAGAGCCAAAGCUUUAUUGGAUCGUAUUCGAAACAAACAAAAGAAAUAAUGCAUAAUGUACUUUAGUCUAGGCUAUUUAUGUAUAAAUGUUGAUUCAAUAAACUCUUUUUUUUUUAUUUGA